AUGGUCCGACUCAAGGAGAUCAGGGACAAGCUCCGUCCAAAUGCUUCAUUCCGAUCCUGGCAGGCCUCUCACACCUUUGGUGGAACUACAAAAUCGAAACCCCUCUACAUUGCGGGCUUUCGCCGCAAAAGUUUCUAUUAUAUUGCCGGUUUAGCCGCAACCACAGUAUUGGUUGGUGGCGUAACAGGUGGUGUGGGUGUUCGGGGCAGUCUAAGAAAUGCCAAGGACCUUGGGCAGGCGGAGGGAGCACUCGGGCAGCUGGUAGAAACUAGUAUGACACAGACCAGAAUAAGAACUCUGACGAGUGAUGGACUCUUGAUAUUGACAACGGUUAUUUCAAGCUUCAUAACCACUGCCCAGAGAGGAGGCGGUGUUACUGUGAUAAGGACCACGGGAGCAGACGGUGAAAUAGUGACAAUUCUGGGUGCUAUAACCUUCGUUACGAAUUCAGAUAAUAAGAUACAGCAGAAGACACUGGUAGGGAGUACUUACUACGUCACGGAAACAGAUGGUGUGACUGUACCUACAACGGUAUAUGGAGCAGCGACUACAGUCACUGAAACCGAUGGAGAUGUCGUGACAGUCACCAUGUACUCUGAAUUGACAGUUUUGACUGAGGCUGAUGGGGAUCUCACUACUUCUCUGCGAAGCCAAUCGAGAAAUGGAGCGGGUGAAGCGACGACUAGUGCUGGGACACCAAGCACGUCCUCAAACCCUUCCAGUACAGUAAACCCUUCUUCUUCAACCGCGUCUUCCUCUUCGAUAUCGAGUACGGGCUCACCAACGGUAGCAACAUCAUCUUCUCCGAGCUCCACCUCAGUCUCCACCUCAUCCUCAUCUACCGGCGGAGCUGGCGGUGGAAGUAGUUUUUCCGGAGAAGGAACAUUUUAUACCCCCGGUGUUGGGUCAUGUGGUACUGAUAAUUCAGAAGCAGAAUUUGUAGCAGCUUUGAGUAGAGUGCUUUUUGACGCUACAGGAAUAGCAAAUCCUAACAAUAACCCUUAUUGUGGUCGUAGAGCAUUGGUGAAAGCUGCAGGAUCCGGAUCCAGAAGGCGGCUACUUCAGAGAGGAGCCAUGACUGAAGCAGAAACCACGAGGACAUUUUAUACGGGCAAUUCUACUUGCAGCAGGAACGAGUUAUUGGAAAGCAGGAGUCAGAAAGAAAGCAGGAGGUUGCGAAUAAGGUCGCAAUUGGGAAUAGGCCCGGAGAGGCCUUUGAAGCUAUCGCCGCGUCUAGGAUCCCCGAGUGGGCAUAUAUUGCCAACGCCAGUCAUCAUGCAAGAUUCAUCAAGCGCAACUCUAAUAGCGCCGCCAAUGAUUACCCCUCCACCGCCAAAUCGUAGCAUAGACAUAUAUAAACGACAAGCUGGGGGCGGCGGUGUUACGGUAACAAUAGUUGACAGAUGCCCUGUCUGUGCACAAUAUGAUUUGGAUUUGAGUCCUGCUGCCUUCGAUGUCAUUGGAGAUCAGGAUGCGGGAAGAAUCGCAAUCGAAUGGAGUUGGUUGGACUGA